CGGCUUGUUCGGAGCUGACGACACGAUGAGCGGCCGGUCCCACGAGACGAUGACCCGCAGCAGCAGCACGCCGGAGGACCGGUCGCGGCUCCUCACCGCGCCGCUUCCGCCGCAUGAGGAGGCGCAGGCCGUGCGCAUGAACGUGCUCAACAGUAGCGUGCAAGAAGCUCGCGAGGCGACGAGCACGCGGCUUAUGGUCAUCGCGCUCGCGGUCUUCAACUUGCCGCAGGUUAUCGCGGCGAGCAUCGUCAUGGGCCUCUACUGGGACGACGCGGGCAACACGCGCUGCGACCGCGUCAAGUACUGGACGCUCUUCCAUGCGAUGCACCUCUUCUUCACAGUUCUUGUCGAGUGGGCCGUCUACUACACGCAUCGGCCGACGAUUCGCAGCCCGUGGGCGACGACCAGCGUCAAGUCGGCGCUGCAGUCGGCCAAGUACGGCAUGGAGCUCAUGGGGCUUUUUUGGUUCCUCGUCGGCAACAUGUGGGUCAUCUCGGACGAAGACCACUGCAGCACGCAAGGCGACGGGCACAUGUACAACAUGGCGCUGGCGAUGAUCAUCAUUUGCUACAUCAAGAUCUUCCUGCCGUGCCUCAUCCUCAUGGCCCUCUUGCCUGUUGUGUGCUUUUGUCUUCCGUGCUUGAUUCGCAUCCUCAACCGCAUGCAAGAUCCGAUGCGGGGCAAGGGCGCGUCCAAGGAGAUGAUUGCGGCGCUCUCGAGUGUACCCUACACCCCCCACCUUUUUCCAGACGAGGACGCGAGCUGCUGCAUUUGUCUCAACGAGUACGACGAGUCGCAGCACGUGCGCAUCUUGCACUGCAACCACCACUUCCACAAAGAGUGCGUCGACGAGUGGCUCGUUGUGAACGCGACGUGCCCGACCUGCCGGACCUCGAUCGACCCCAACCACGCCGAGCCCGCAGCGUCGUCGGGCCGCGACCCAGGCCUCGUCGUGUAGUAUAGCACCGUAGGACUAGUAAACAGCCUUCUUUUUUCCAUCCAGCACACAUGGUAGUAGCAUAAAAUGACGCAGCAACACGGCCGUUUUGUGUACAGAG